AAAAGCGGCCCGUUAGCGUAACUAGAGUUUGCAAAAAAGGCCCAUCAAUCAUGGCGCGCCUGUGGUUAACCUAACCAACCCUAGCAGGAAAAUAUCUCCAUCCACUCUAUAUAUUCAUCGCCUUCUCCCAGCUACUUCCUCACACCCUCGGGUUCUUCAGUUCUCCGCCUCUUCCCUUUUCCUACUUCAGUUUUUUUAGAAUUAUAAUUAUAGAUAUGGCCGCCGCUGAUGUUGAGUUCCGAUGCUUCGUCGGUGGAUUGGCAUGGGCCACCACCGACCAGUCUCUUGGUGAUGCUUUCUCUAAGUUUGGCGAGAUCCUCGAAUCGAAGAUCAUCAACGAUCGCGAGACCGGGAGGUCAAGGGGGUUCGGAUUUGUGACCUUCAAGGAUGAGCAAGCCAUGAGGGAUGCCAUCGAGGGCAUGAACGGUCAGAACCUUGACGGCCGUAGCAUAACAGUCAACGAAGCACAAUCCCGCGGAAGCGGUGGUGGAGGCGGUGGCGGUGGAUUCCGUGGCCCACGCCGUGAAGGCGGAGGUGGUGGUUAUGGCGGUGGUCGCCGUGAAGGUGGCUAUGGAGGAAACGGUGGCGGCUACGGUGGUGGUCGUCGUGAAGGAGGUGGCGGUUAUGGUGGAAACGGAGGUGGCUACGGCGGAGGCGGAGGUGGCGCCCGUUACUCCAGGGGCGGCGGUGCUUCCGAAGGAAACUGGAGAAGUUAAUUUAUUAGUUUAGGGUUGGUUGAUUGUUACUUUGUCCUUUAAAUUUUAUGUUCGGGUUUUGGGUCGUGAGUUCCGGGUUAAAGAUGAAGGUGGGUUGGUGGGGUUCCGUCUUUUUUGACCGCUGGUUCUUUGGUUCCGUCAAUUGUUCCGUGUUAAAUCUUUAGUUUACAGAAUUCUGUGGAAUGAAGUAAAUGAAGGUUCAGAGUUUCUUCAAUUUUGCAAUUCUUGUUCUUAUUUAUCUUAUGUUUUAUUUGGAAAGUCAAUAUAUGCUGCUACCUACUGCAAAUAACAGUGGACGUAAGUAAUAGAGCAAUUCUUGAUCUAAUUCAAGGCACGCACAUUCCUCCUUAUUGUAAUUAAAAUAUCUACAAACGUAGCAAUAGUAGAGAAAUUGUGAAGUCUCUCUGAACUAGGGAACUUAACAAUUCUUCCUUCUCUGUGAUUAAACAAUUUGACAUAACUCAGGCCAGCUGCCGGUAAAAAUCCGUUGGUUUUUUCGAAACUUUCAGGUGUCUUAAAUAAGCCCCUUUAUAUAUUAAAAAAUUGGAAGACUUGUGGGCAAAUUGGAUUGAGAAGAAAUCUAGAUAAAAGAGGCUCAUUUUGGAAAGGGAAAUUUAAGAUACUGAGUAGGCCGAAAAGAGGAGGAAAUCUUGGGUAAUCAGUUUGUUUCAAUUCUCAUUAUUGAGCCGUAAUAAGAGAUUUUUUCUGAAACAGAUUGAGGGAGAUCAUAUGACUCGGCAGUGUUAUUUGGCCCUUUUUUUUUUUUGGGUAAUAAAUGUAUUAGGCCCUUUGUUGAAUGGAAUUAUAUGACGUUUUUGGUCCAAAAAUUGAAAAAUAAAAAGAAAAGUUAGUGAGAGACUCAUUUUUGUGCAGGACGGGCUAUCUUGUGGUGUGGGCUGCAACUUGUAGGCUCAAUAUGUAUUCAUUAAUGUUGGGCCGAAGAUCCUUUCUUGAAAUGUGUGGUUUCUGUCAUGUUCGUUGCUUCCUCCAUUCCAUUUUUUUCUGGCUCUAACGUGGCAACAAUAAGCUUUUCUGGUGCAGUAUAUGAUGAGGAUUGGAGUCUUUAUAGACAUCAAAUUGCAGUGAGCGACCAAACGUAGAAAGUCCGUUUUACAGUUUACUGGAGUUUACAUUAUAAACAUGGAAAUUAUCUAAUUGAGUUGCUAGUUAGUUUGAGUUCCAUCUUAACCAGUUUAUUUUAUUAUUUUAUUGAAUAGUAUAUAAAAAAAAGUACUAGUGGCGUCUCAAUAACUAAGAGUGCCAAGUAGCAAAUUACUAAGGUAACAUGAAUAACUUCCUUUUGAAAUCACCAAAAGUUUUUCGAGUGAUUUAAUCAAAUAGUUUCGUUUAUUGUACCCAUCAAAGCCUUCAAUAGUUUCUUGGGGAAACAUGUGGCCAACGUAAGAUUCAUGGUGAACACGUUUGUUGUACACAUUGAAAGCAUUUUUGUGUGGUUCGUUAUUGUCAGUUACUCUUUAUCAUUCAGUGAGGAGACAAUGCCAUCGAGCAUAAGCACCUCCGUCCCAAAAAAUAGUCCGCAUUAAAUUUUGAGUUUUGUACUGUUUUUAAUACAAAUUUGUAAACUCAAUGUGGACUAUUUUUCUUUUUCUGGGUCGAAGGUAGUAAUAUUUUUAGACUUUUAAUUUUACAAAGUUAUUG